GCUGGCAGGAGCGGCGUAGCACUGUGAUGGUUUCUCGUAUUGUGAGCCUGCUGGCCGGGCUGGCCCUCCCACACUGAAGAGCUUUUUGACAUCACAUAUUUGACAGAUAUUCUGAAGAAAUCGUAUUCAAGUUUGGAUUGUUUGACCAUAUGAUUCCAUCAUCCAUCAAGAAAAUACUACUUCUGUCAAUGUUUUAAUGUAUCAUUUAUAGAUUUCUGCAGUUCCAAAUGUAAAAUUCUGAGAAUGCUUGGAUCUCUAUGGGCUCGAAUUUGUGGCUUAGAUAGCCCAGUUUCUCUUAGGCGUGCAGAAACCACUCGAAGAGUUCUGAGUUUGGAGUUAAACAAAGAUAGGGAUGUUGAGCGAAUACAUGAAAAUGGCAUCAACACACUUGAUAUUGAUCCUGUGGAGGGCAGAUACAUGCUUUCUGGUGGAGCUGAUGGCAUCAUCGUUGUGUAUGACCUUGAAAAUUUGAGUCAGUCUCUCUCUUACACUUGUAAAGCAAUAUGCAAAGUAGGAAAAAGUCACCCCAAUGUGCACAAGUUCAGUGUUGAGACUGUACAGUGGUAUCCUCACGACACUGGAAUGUUUACAUCUAGCUCAUUUGAUAAGACACUGAAGAUAUGGGACACAAAUUCCUUACAUCUCGCUGAAGUUUUUCAUUUUGAAGGAACCGUAUACAGCCACCACAUGUCUCCUCUGGCUACAAAGCAUAGUUUGAUAGCAGUUGGCACAAAAAGCCCAAAAGUGCAACUCUGUGACUUAAAAUCUGGUUCUUGUUCUCAUAUUUUGCAGGGUCAUAGAGGAGAGGUGCUUGCAGUCCGUUGGUCUCCAAGAUAUGAUCAUAUUUUAGCAACUGCAAGUGCUGAUAGCAAAGUUAAAUUAUGGGAUGUCCGCAAAGCAACUGGUUGCCUAAUUACUCUUGAUCAGCACAAUGGAGAGAAGUCCAAGUCUUCUUUGGAAACUGCAAAUACGGCCCAUAAUGGUAGAGUUAAUGGGUUAUGUUUUACCAGUGAUGGUCUUCACCUCAUAACUGUAGGGACUGAUGAUAGAAUGAGGCUUUGGAACAGUGCGUCAGGUGAAAAUACACUUGUAAAUUAUGGCAAGGUUUGUAACAGCAGCAGGAAAAGUCUCAAGUUCACAGUGUCUGAGGGUUGCAGUCCUGAGUUUGUGUUUGUACCAUAUGACAGUACUAUAGUGGUAUAUACUAUUUAUUCUGGACGACAGGUUAGUGUAUUAAGAGGACAUUAUAACAAUGUUGACUGCUGUGUGUUUCAGCCUCAGUUUCAGGAGCUGUAUAGUGGCAGCAAAGACUGCAAUGUUCUUGCUUGGGUGCCAGCAAUACGUGAGCCUGUUCCUGAUGAGGACUCUGUAAAAUCAGGGUCAAAGGCAUAUCUAAAUCCUGCAUUUGAAGAUGCAUGGAGUAGCAGUGAAGAGGAAGGCUAAAUUAUAUAUACUAUUAUAAAAUCAUCAUCAAACUUACCAGCAGUAUGUUCAUUACAACAUAAUGUCAACCUUCCAAUCAUUGUAUUUAAUAUUCAGUCAUAUACUAUCAAUUAUCUUUUUUUUUUUUUUUUUUUUUUUUUGUACACAUCUGACCCUUGAAAAUGCUGCAGCAAUGGGUACUGUUACCAUUAUUACUUAUGUAACACAUCAUUUGCAAAGAGAACUUUUAUAAUCUUUUUAUUAGAGGUUGUUUGUUGGGAGUUUCUUGGGGGUAUGUUUCAUUUUUACCAAACAUGUGCAAAUAUAGAACAGAAAAACGCAUUCCAUAGGUGCUAAAGGUGUACAAUGCUUAGACAUUGGAAUAUUAUUAAUCCUGUGUUAGGAAACUAGUACUCCUCAUAUUGUACAAAAUAUUUAGACAAAUUCUGGAGCACACUGCAUAAGCAAAGGCAUUAAAUAUCAAACCGGAAACUUGAAAGCAUAGGGAGGGCCCUUGGAUUGGAGUGGGUUUGCAUGUGUUGUGAUAUUGAUCCCAACCAUUCCUUAAUUUGUGGAAUUUCUGCGUAGAACCUGAGAGCCUACGCGACAUCUCCUUGUUUUGUGUGGAUUGCAAAGAGACUAAAACAGGUUGCAAGAGAGGUGGCACAACCGAUAUCAAUUUAUUGUGAAGUUAUUUUUAACAGCUACCAAAACAUGCAUGAUUAAAGGGAAACUAUAGUGGUAGGAAAACAAAGUUGUUAUAGUGACCUACAGCGCACCCCUCCUGCACUGGGAGUGUUAAAAACCAUUCCAUCACUUGCCUGAUUCCAGCGCCGCUGUCCUUUGGUGCUGGGACAGGCUGCACCCUUCCACUGAUGACACCCGAAGAGGAAGACCUAAGGGGCAUGCACAACCAGCGCCGCGCUCACAUUAGGACUACCCCACAGGAAAGCAUUGCUCAGCCUGUACCAUGUUUGUUUGUUUUUUUUAUGUGUAGGGGAUAAUUCCUCCUUGAUAAUAACUAGGACUUUUAGCUCUUCAUUUGGACACAAUCAUUUUACUGUUGUAUAGUGAGCUGCAUAAAGUAGGUUA